UUGUUAUUGCUAAAAAGGUUUAAAAAAACCUACUCACGCUCGAUAACAACACACUAAUAUUCUGCUUGUGACGGACUAAUAUUUGACCUCGACAAUAACGAUGAUAAUGAAUUUUGCCAAACGCAGUUUCGCCAAUCAUCAGGUUAUUUAUCGAAUCGGUUCUAAUUUUAUCGAUAUAAAUCGAUUUUUUUACCAAGCAAUCGCCAAUAUUCGGUUAUCAAGUAACAUGACCCCAUCGGCACCAACUGUCACUUUAAGUAACGGCGUUAAAUGCCCCGCUAUUGGACUAGGCACGUGGUUGUCACCACCGGGAGAAUGCGCCAAGGCCACCAAACAUGCCAUUCAUGUGGGAUAUCGUAGCAUUGAUGCCGCCUGGCUGUAUGGAAAUGAAAAGGAAGUUGGCGAAGGCGUACGAGAAGCUAUUGCAGAAGGUAUAAUCAAACGAGAAGAUAUCUUCAUCACAACGAAACUCUGGAACGUUUUCCAUGAAAAAGAAGACGUCGUGCCCGCCUUAAAACGUUCACUGGAAAACUUCGGAUUGGACUAUGUAGAUCUCUACCUAAUCCAUUGGCCCGUAGCAUGUAAAACAACUGGAAAAUUUGACAUUCAUCUGCCAUUUAAGGACGCCAUAUACUACGACCAUGAUUUUUGCGAAACCUGGAAGGGCAUGGAGGAGUGCGUCGAUUUAGGAUUAACAAAAAGCAUUGGACUAUCGAACUUCAACAGCAAACAGGUCCAGAAGAUUCUGGAUAGUGCUAGGAUCAAGCCGGUGAUGAACCAGGUCGAAGUGAAUCCACUCCUGAAUCAGAAGAAGCUCAUAAAGUUUUGUCACGACCGCGGUAUUCAUAUUACUGCUUACAGCCCUUUGGCUUCACCUGCUCGUCCUUGGAAGAAGCCUGACGAUCCAGUAUUGAAGCUGGAUGAUCCAAAACUGGUCAAUAUUGGUAACAAAUAUGGGAAAACUAGCUCGCAAGUGAUUCUAAGGUACUUAAUCCAGUUGGGCACCAUACCAGUACCAAAGUCCUCAAACAUGGAUAGGAUCAAAGAAAACUUUGAAGUAUUUGACUUUGAGUUAUCACCAGAAGAUAUGGCAGUACUGGAUAGUUUCAAUAGGGACUUUAGAAGUGUUGCUGCAACUGAACUGGCCAAGAGCAACCAAUAUCCUUUUAGAGGAGUAGAAUUUUAAGGAAAAUUUUAAUAAAAAUUUGUGUUUUUUUGCUAAAUUGUGCUUUCUCAAAUUGUUGAAUUUUGCAGGCAGUUGAAAGUAAAAUAGUUUUGGCCUUUUCUAAUGGCUAUAAUUCUUUUUUCGAUUUUUUCAGGGAAUUAAAAGUAAUAUAGUUUUUUCCUCUUUCAAGUGAAUAGAAUAAAUUGUUGAAAUAUCUCUUCUAUGAAAAAUUAAUGAGUUUUUUUAACCUUUUAGCGCAGUAAAAAUAAUUUCCGGGCCGUAAAAUGUAAACUAGUUACAUCAUCUGUUAACUGCCUGGAACAAAUUUUUAAGGCAUGUGCUCUAUGGACAAGAUAUUGCAGUGUUUUAGCUUUUUAAAUUAGUUAUAAUAAUUUGGCUAAGAUAGUUAAUGUAAUUUUUUAAAACUAACUAGUUUUUUCCUAUGAACUGCCCGGAAUAAAUUGCUAAGAUAAUAAAGAUUAUUGUUUCCAGACGGUUGGAAGUAAAUUAAUUCCAUUUCCUUUUUUUUCACUGCAUAGAAAACAAUUAAUGUAAUUUUCAAUUGGUUAAAAGUAUAUUAGUCUCUUCUCUAUCAAGUGCCUGAAAUAAAUUGCAAAGAUGAUUAUAGUAAUUUCCAGGCAAUUGAAACUAGUUUGUUCCUCUUUCAACUACUGGGUAUAGAUUUCUUAAGUGUCUUUUUUAAGAACAAAGUAAUGCAGUUUAUAAACCCUUGGAAGUAGUUAUAAUAAUUCCAAGGCAGUUAAAAGAAAACUAAUUCCUUUCUCUUUUUUCACUGCUUAGAAUUGGCACAGGCAGGUACAGUUAUUACUAGGCUGUGAAGAGUAAACUAUCUUUUUGUUCUUUUAACUGCUUGCAAUAGAUUCGAAAUAUAUCUUUUUAAUAGAUAA